AUGUUACACAGUAAUAUUCUUUACUAUCAAGUGUACGAGCCUGAAUCCUUGGAAAAGCAAAAAGAACUCUUAGACGUUCUUGAGGAGCGACGUCUAUCUUAUGAUUUGAGAGAAUUACGAGACUUGUUGAAAGCGCGUUACGAACUAUUGUUACAAGGCGUUCAUGAAGACGUUACUCCUGAGUUAAGUAGCUAUCUGGAAAGAAUUCUGAAUCUGGACUUUGUUCCUGAUGAGUACUCGUAUAGGCGCAAAACUAAAUCACAAAAGACGUAUCCGACAAGAUUAGAGGAAUCCGAUAUUCUCAAAGUGGUUCUCGACGAUUCUCUGCCUCAUUACACUUCCUAUUUCUUUGAGCAGGAUUUAUCCUCAGCAAAUGCUAAAUUCUCUCCAAAGACGAUUCUUGAACAUUUGGAUCGAAAGGGAUUGAACGUUGUUCCACUGAUAAUGCAGUACCUGGGAACGUUGGAGCGGAAGCAGAUUCCAACUGCCUCGCUUUUCCUGAAUCUCUUGACCUUUGAUGCAAUGGAAGAGCUGCGCAGCCAGGUGAAAUCGAAGUAUUCUUUCGAUCUUUACACACGUUCUGACUUCCUAAAUGCAUACAUUGGUCGUUUUGGAAACCCAGAACGCAGCGAGAAGAGUGAUGAGGCCGAUUUUGAGCGAGCCAAACGAGUGUGUAUGCGACGAAUCGAAUUCUAUAAGAAGAACAAGAUCAGUGGGAUAGCGAACGAGUUCGAACAAUUGCUGGAGUUGUUGCGCAGUCAUAGAGAAUACGACAAAGAAUUGUAUUUGGAUUAUUUGGAGGCAAGAUCGGCAACGGAAACAUGGGAUAAGGAAACGAAAAGCUGCGAUUUAUCGAUGUAUCCGCUGGAUCGCGAUUAUUUGGAGCAUUUGUUUCCUCAGGAAUCGCCCAAACCGUUCUAUCGGUACUUCGACAGUCGUUCGGUAACGAGGUCUUACGAGAAGGCAUGCUUGCUGAGUGGCCAAUCGAUCCAAUGUCAGGAAUACACAGAUCAACAGAUCGCAGAUUUGAGGGAUCAAGUUCGGUUGAGAAUUCUGGAAGGCAACAAGGAGUGUUACAGAGUGGGAGACGAAGUGUCCGUUUCCCUGGAGCUGAAGAACGUGGAUGUGCUGGAAUGGAAGCUGUUCGAGCUCAACACGCGCGUUUACUACGAAAAGAACAGUUCUCCGAUUUCCACAACGAUCGAUUUGGAUGGUCUCAGACCGAUCACAUCGGGCAUCAUGCACUAUCAUUUGCCUGCGAUUCAGCGACAUAUCGAGACGUUUAUAUUCCCGACGAUCAAUCAUCGCGGCUGCUGCGCUGUGGACUUCUUUGCGAAGGGACAGAGCAGUCGUUUCUUGGUGAAUAUGGGUCAACUGAACGUUUUGGUGCGCGAAUCGCUGUCGGGAUUGAUGCUGACGGUUCUGGACGAGCAGGGAGAGCGCAAAGAAUCGAACGUCUAUGUUCUUCUGGAUGGUCGGAAGUACGAAUUGAACGACCAUCACGAGAUUGCGAUCCCCUAUCUUCCUCCUGGGAGCAGCAGACAGACGUUCAAGGCGUUGGUAUGCGAAGAGAUCGAAGCGGACUGGGUGUACACGGAGAAGUGCGAUCUCUCCAUCCCUGCGGAGAGUUUUGCGCUCGAACUGAAGGGCGAUGUCGAUAACGAGGCGCUCGUGCGAGGAAAUGAGAAUUGCCAGGUGCUUCUGCGCGUAUCCGCAAUGCUGAACGAAACUCCCUUCCCGAACUCGCUCCUACAGGACGUUUCGAUCACUCUCUCCAUGAAGGAUAUGGAUGACAUUGCAUCGGAAGUGACUGUGAAGCCAGUAUUGAAAGAUGAUGCAGAGGUAGUGGUUCCCCUGCGCAUUUCAAAGCCGAUUCAAAGUGUAAAGGCGAGUAUUACUGCAUCCGUUGUGACGAAUAAUGGAGUGAAGAAGCAGUUGUCGGCUUCGUUGGAUUUGUAUUCUACCGACUACAAUCCGAAGCGCAAUCUGAACAUCGAGGAAGUCAAGCCUUCGUACUCUCUGUUCAGAAAGAGAACCUCGCAGGGAGUGGAGUUCUUUGUGUAUGCAUCCGGUCCUGCAGGCGAGCCAUAUCCCAGUCUGCCUGUGAGUGUGAAGCUGAACCACCUCUACAGCACAUCGACCUUCCGAUUUUCGCUCGAAACAGACGAGAAGGGAGAGGUUUCGCUGGGUCUUCUCCGCAAUAUCACCCGAAUCGAUGUGAAUGGCACUGUGUUCCCGCUUCAUUUCGAAACCUUCAACGUGAAAAAGAACUGGGAAGUGGCUGAGAACGAAGAGAUUCAAGCUCUGAUUCCUCUCAUCAGCGAUGAUUUGAAUGACUAUAUGUUGAUUUGCGAGUCGAGCGAGGACGAAAUUGAAUCCUUGCAAUCUUGUUUGGCAAGGGUCGAUGGCUAUGUUUUGAUUCACAAUCUGAAGCCUGGAAAACAUAAUAUGUGUUGUAUGUUCGAGAUAGGAAUGGAACCUUGUACACGAUUCGAAUCAGCGUUUAUCAUGUUUCCAAGAUGA